GGACAUGAUACUUUUAGCAGAAAGCACGAAGAAACAGCGCGACUAGGUAUAGCACACUGAAAUGACAAUUAUGGAUAAAGAAAGAGAAUUAAUUAUCAACGAACUCCGUACUUCAAAAUACUUCAAAUAUAUUAUAAAUACGAAAGUCGAACGAAUUUCUAAAGAUGUAGAAAUUUCUCAAAAGGUUAGAAUGAAAGGAAAUGUUUUGUAUAAUAGCAAUGGUCAUACAGCUCAAACACACGAAGAGAUUUUUAAACUUUAUACACAAAGUAUAGCUUUAGCUCCCAUGAAUUCAGAAGAAUUAGCUCUUGCUUAUGGCAACAGAUCAGCUUUGCUUUUACAUCUGCAUAAAUAUAAAGAGAGUUUAAAUGAUAUUGAUAGAGCUUUGAAAAUAACUAAAUCAAAAUCUCUCAAAGAAAAGUUACUCAUUAGGCAACUGAAAUGCUUAAAUUUACAUAAUUCCAAUCAGAAUCUUAAAGAAAAGCCACAGCUUUCCAAUAUUCAGAAUCAAGAGAAAGUUGAUAGAGUAAAAGCUCUAUCCCUAAAAGACCCAUUUCAAUCAGUGGUAAUUAAAUACAAUGAAAAAUAUGGCAGGCAUUUGGUGGCUGCUCGUAAUAUAAAGCCUGGAGAAAUUAUUUUUGUUCAAAAACCAUAUGUGACGUAUUUGAAUAUAAAAUACCCAUACAUGUACUGUUGUCAUUGUCUCAAAGUUGCUUGGAAUGGUAUUCCUUGUGAACAUUGUACAUGGUUUAUUUUUUGCUCUGAAGAAUGCAAAAGUCAAGCUUGGGAACAGUAUCACAAUAUUGAGUGUUCGUGUAUAUCAUAUAUUCUUCAUUUUCUAAGAUACAUUAAUAAAGAAUCAGGAGAAGCAGUUUGUUUCGAUGGACUUAGUAUUCGAGCUUUAAUUACAGGACUUAAAGAGUAUAAUAGCUUUGAAAAAUUGAAAGAUGAAUUGCAAUUGGUUGAUCGAAGAUUAGAUAAACAAACCAAAGGAUUCUCCAAAAAUGGAAAGUUUGAGAACAAUAGCUUGAGAAGUUUGUAUAGUUUGUCAAGUAAAAUUCCUUACAAUGAAGAGAAAAUCCAUAUCAUGUUUGCUAUGGUUGCUCUUACUUGUUUUGCUAAGUAUACAUCUAUUUUUCAAGAUAAAAUCCAAACGAAUGAUUUAGAGAACUUGAUAAAAAAUCCCCAUUUCAUUUUUGUUGGAUCGUUAAUUUUAAAAUUGUCUAAAAUAAGCAAUGUUAAUAGUCAUGGUAUUGUUAAUAUAACUGAUGAUUGCAAAUAUGGUAAUGAUCUUAUAACAUGUAGAAAGAAUUGGUGCUGUGUUAAAGGAGUAUGCAUUGUACCACUUGCAAGUUUAACGAAUCAUAGUUGUAAUCCCAACGUAAGACGCUGUUUUACUAAUGAUUCAAAAUUUAUUUUAUACUCAUUACAGACAAUUAAAAAGAAUUCUCAGAUAUUUGAUAGCUAUUUCUGUACUUUCUUUGAAACACCAAAUCCUUGCAGGCAGAACAUUUUACAAGAUAAUUUUUGCUUCAAAUGUGAUUGUAUUGCUUGUAAACAAAAUUGGCCUACUUGGCCUGUUAACACAAUGUUUGAAGUCCAAUUAAAAUCUAUAAAACUAAAUCAAAAAGAACUGGAAAUAUGGAAAAGGAAUGAAAAUUUGAUAAAGCAAGUUGAAAAGGGAAUUACAGACCACAAAAGUAGUAUCAUAAAUGACCUCUCAAAAGCUAUACUUGGUUCGAUGAAAAAUUUACCUCAACCUUCUAUUGUAACAUACAAAUUUAUUUUUACUUUGAUAACAGCAUUUGAAAAAUUACAUGGAUAUUCAAUGAAUAAUUUCAAUUCUUGUGAAAGUUAA